CCAAUAGCUAGAGUUGUUAGUAGAGUUGAACGACAGUAAAAGCCUGGUCUCACUCUAAACUCUUUAAUAAGAGAAGAGAAGUUGGUCCAGAAAAAACGCAAACCGCUAUGCCACUGUGAGUAAGCAAAAGAAAAGAAAAGAAAAGAAAAGAAUCGUCAUGCAACCUUGUAGCAGAGAAAUGCAAAGCCUCAACUCCCUCUUCAACAAUCAGCAGCAGAUCCAAAUGGACCCUGCUACUUCUCAAGAAGACGAUUUCAUCAAGCAGAUGCUUUCUACUAUCCCUCCUCCACCACCUCCUUCAUGGAACCUUGACCAUACUCCUCCUAACCCUAAGCCUUACUGGCUUGACAACGACAAUGUCGCUUUCCCUAACUACGACGACCCUUCCACUCUCGCUUCCAAGUUCCGUAACCACCAGAUCACCGCUACUUCCUCCUCCAAGGCCGCCGCCGCCGCUCUCUUGCUCCAACAGCAGCUUCUCAUGACCAGAGGCCUCUCCGGUGCUGAUUCCGCCAUCCUUCAUCACAUGUUUGACUCUUCCCAAAACGACGUCGUCGACGCCUCCUCCUCCUCCUUCAAAUCUCCCAAUCCAAGCUCCGCCGACGGUUCCGUUCAAGCUCUGUACGACGGUUUCACCGGAUCUCUCCAGGGCGCUGCUCUAGCAUCCAAUCAGACUCACCAUUUUCAGCAUCCACAGGUUCAGACAAGUUCAAAUCCGAAUCAGAUGCAGGGGCAGGGGCAGGGAACGAGCCAAGGUGGGAACCCGAACCCGAACCCGGGUCAGCCGAAACAGAGGGUUAGGGCGAGGAGAGGUCAAGCCACGGACCCACACAGCAUCGCUGAGAGGUUGCGAAGGGAAAGGAUCGCGGAGAGAAUGAAGGCCUUGCAAGAAUUGGUUCCCAACGCCAACAAGACAGACAAGGCCUCCAUGCUAGAUGAGAUCAUCGACUAUGUGAAAUUCCUACAGCUCCAAGUCAAGGUUCUUAGCAUGAGCAGAUUGGGAGGUGCAGCUGCUGUUGCUCCGCUUGUUGCUGAUAUAAACUCUGAGGGAGGCGGUGACUGCGUCCAAACCAACGGCAACCAAACGGCAGGGGCUUCAUCCUCCAACGACAGCCUCACCAUGACGGAGCAACAGGUGGCUAAGCUCAUGGAGGAGGACAUGGGUUCCGCCAUGCAGUACCUCCAGGGUAAGGGCCUCUGCCUCAUGCCAAUCUCCCUAGCCACCGCCAUCUCCACCGCCACUGCCACGUGUCACCCCAGGAACCCCAUCAUGAACCCCACUGAUGGACCUUCCUCUCCCGGCAUGUCUGUCCUCACGGUGCAGUCUGCUAACGGCGACGCCGUCAAGGACGCCACCUCCGUUUCCAAGCCCUAAUGACGCCGCUUAGCUGACUUUGUUUUCUUCCGACACAAAACGACAAGAAUUUUCUGAAGUCUAGGAAAAUAAAGCGUCAGAGACGGGGUCACUACACUACACGACGUCGUAUUUGCCUAGACUUUGGCAGAUGCUACUAACUCUCAAGUUUCAACCACCCAUUUCCCAUCCCCACACCCUACCUAGACCACAGUCCUUUUUCUUUCUUUUUUCCCCUCCUUUUUUAACAGUACUUUCUUCAGGAAAGAAUUAUAGUUCAUGUUUUGUUUUCUUCCCACUUUUACCCUUCGCACUAUAAGUGGGUCUGUCAUGUACUAGCGUUUAUUUAUUUAAUUUUAUGUGUUCAUCAAUCAUCAGUCACUACCUUUAUAAAGUUAUUAUUACAUUAAUUUUAUUUAAGCCAACUUUAUUUGCAAA